AUGUCCGUUAGAUUAAUACCCACUAAAUAUCCUACAAGAUCAAUUACAGCUUCUUACGCUUCAACCUUAAAAGUCUUUUCUAAAACACAAAUCACCUAUAGACGAUUUCAUGAUACACCUAACGCUCAAAACACAGCUACACAACAAUCGUUUCAAAAUGAUCCAAAUCAUAUGAUACCAACUAAUGCCCCACAAGGUACUCACUUAGCUACUCCAGCUCCAGCUUCUCCUCUUAGCGUUAGUCCACGUCUUACACACCCCGGAAAAGUAUCACCAACAGAAUAUCUUAGAUCAUUCAACAACAAAGAGUUAAUUUCAUUUUUUAUGAUUGGAUUAUGUACGUUAAACAAACCUAUUUUACAAUUAUGCAUCAAAAUGUUUCCUUAUGUGCCAAUGGCUGUUAUCAAAGCAUUAGUUUAUAGAAUCUACUGUGGUGGUGAGACUUUGGAAGAGGUCAAACAAACUGGAUCACGUUUGCACGAAAGAGGUAUCCAUAACAUGAUGAUUUCUUUGACGAUCGAGGCAUGUGAUGGUAAUGACAAUGUUGACCCAGAAUUCAUCAUUGGUGAAACUAUCAAGUCAAUCAAUGGAAUUUUAGUACCACACACCACCAAAAUGAUUGAAACUUGCGACAAAAACAUCAAUGACAUUCCAUCAGGUUACGUUGCUUUGAAACCAACUGGAUUUGUCAAGAACGCUGCACAUGUUUUGAAAAACUACAAUAAUGGAGAGGAAGCUGCUUUUGCUGAAUUAGUCAAUAAAGCUUCUAGAGCAUGUCAAGCUGUAUACGAUGCAAACAAGAAAUUGUCUAAAAUAUAUCCUGAGAGAACCGCACCUUUUGUUGUGGCUGUCGUUGAUGCUGAGAAAUAUGAAUUGCAACCAGGUGUUUAUGAGUUGCAACGUCAAUUGUAUCAAAAAUUUAACAAGUUGAAUGAACCUUGUUAUGUGGUUGGUACCCUCCAAAUGUACCUUUCUGACUCAGCUUCAUUAUUGGCUUAUGAAGAAAGAUUGGCCCAAGAGAAGCAAUACAGAUUAGGUUUGAAGUUGGUGCGUGGUGCUUAUAUCCAUUCUGAAAAAGACCGUGCUACUAUUAUUCACAAGACCAAACAAGAUACUGACGACAACUACAAUGCUGGAAUUACCUACUGUAUUGACUCCAUUUUGAACCAAAAAGAUAAAGAAUCAACAAUUGGUCAUUUGGUCGUUGCUAGUCACAAUGCUGAAUCAUUGAAAUUAGCUAGUUCCAAAGUUUACACUCAAGAAAAUGCCACUAACGUCAAUAAGAGCAAUGUUGUACUUGGUCAAUUAUUAGGUAUGGCUGAUUCUGUAACUUAUGAUUUAAUCAAAAACUACCAAAUUGGUAAUGUUAUUAAGUAUGUUGCAUGGGGUCCACCAUUGGAAACUAAACAAUAUUUGUUGAGAAGAUUGGAAGAGAAUGGUGAUGCAGUUAAGAACGAUAAUGGGUGGCCAUUGGUCAAGGCUGCUUUCAGUACCUUAAUUGGAAGAUUGUUCAAGGCUUCAACUUAA